GCUGGGUCAGUCCGUGUUGUGCGCGGAGAGCGAGGUGAAGCGCUGCGGGGCUGAGCGGCUGGUUUCCCGGCGGGGUUUGGGACUGAGGAGCGCGGCUGGUCGAGUCUCGGGAUUAGUGUGGGAACAGCGCGGGGUUCAGUGAUUAAUGAUACCGUAUCGUGUCAGUAAGAAGAAGCUGAAUUUGGGUGUUUUUGAGGAAAGCGAGCUGAGCUAACCUGUUGUCAGAGAGCGGCUGGAGAAGUUGGUCAUGUCUGGAUCGUUCUGUAAAAGUUUGUACGCCUUCAGCGGAGAGCAGCAUCAGCAGGGGCUGAAGUUCGAGGUCGGGGAGAUGAUCAGGAUAACCCAGGCUUUACCUGGAGGAUGGUGGGAGGGAGAGAAGGACGGAGAGAGGGGAUGGUUUCCCUCCAGUUACGUUCAGGUCGUGGAGAAGUCUGUGUCCAUGAGUGUGUUGCCUGGUGAAGAGCCUUGCCAAAGCCCCCUGCCCAAAGACUGGAAGAGCUACAUGUCACCACAAGGACGGAGAUACUAUGUCAACACGCUAAGCAACGAAACAACAUGGGAGAGACCAUCCAGUGUCCCUGGGACCCCCAAAACAUCACUGCGACACAAGAACUCUUUACCUGCGGUGAACGGAUUUCAUGGCAGCAGUAGCCCGUUGCAUCAGACGGAGCAGUCCCACAGUGUCCAGAGGAAGCCUAGCCUAGAUCAACAGAGCCUUGUGUCAACUUCACCAAGACGGCAGGAGCGUGAGACGUCUGUUACCAUCAAUUGCGUAACGUUCCCCCUCCCGCUACACAUGGCAGAGCAGCAGUUGCUCAAACCGGACGAGUGGAGCUACUGUGAUUAUUUUUGGGCAGACAGAAAGGACCCGCAGGGGAACGCCUCCAUCACAGGCUUUGAGGUGUUAUUGCAGAAGCAGCUGAAGGGGAAACAGAUGCACAAGGAGAUGGCUGAGUUUAUGAGGGAAAGGAUUAAGAUUGAGGAAGAAUAUGCCAAGAAUCUCCAGAAACUCUCUCAGAACCCGCUCGCAUCUCAGGAGGAAGGCACACUUGGAGAGGCCUGGGCUCAACUGAAGAAAAGCCUGGCAGACGAGGCUGAAGUUCAUCUCAAGUUCUCCUCUAAGCUGCAAAGUGAAGUGGAAAAGCCCCUAAUGGUAUUUCGAGACAAUUUCAAGAAGGAUAUGAAGAGGUUUGACCAUCACAUCGCUGACCUCCGGAAACAGCUGGCCAGCCGAUACGCUGCUGUGGAGAAGUCCCGUAAGGCCCUCGCAGACCGGCAGAAGGACCUGGAGGUUAAGACACAGCAGAUGGAGAUCAAACUGAGCAGUAAGAUCGAGGAGGACAUCAAGAAGGCCCGCAGGAAAUCCACACAGGCAGGGGAUGAUCUGAUGCGAUGUGUCGAUCUGUAUAACCAGUCUCAGUCGAAAUGGUUUGAGGAGAUGGUCACUACAAGUCUGGAGCUGGAGAGACUGGAGGUGGAGCGUGUGGAGAUGAUUAGAAAACACCUGUGCCAGUACACAACACUGCGGCAUGAGACAGAUAUGUUCAACCAAAGUACCAUGGAGCCAGUGGACAAACUGCUUCAGAUCGUGGACCCUGCUAAAGACAGAGAGCUGUGGGUGAAGGAACACAAGACGGGAGAGGCGAGGCCAGUGGACCUGGAGAUCUAAUGGAGAUUAAAGAAAAGACUGUAUUAUUAUCCCAGUGACGGAGCUGGCCCUGUGAGACUGUCCUUUUAGGUGCGUAAGCUGAAAAUCAGCCCUGGAACCUGGAGGCCCUGGAACAUAAACACCCUCCAUAAAUGAGGGCCAGUGAAUGGAACUGCUGUGUCUGAGAAGAUGGAGCUCUACUGACCAAAGCCGGUUGCUGUGUAAGCCACAGUUUAAAGCCAGUGAACCCUCAGCUUAAGAGUUCAGCCAAGGGUGGAUGACGUUGUUGGUUCAUUACAGGCUACGCAUUACCAAUUUUGAUUCACUGCUAUGUUAACACAUGGUCCCCCAUCCAAACAGUGUUGAUAAUAUUGUAGUCCUAUUUAUUAAUUAAGGGAUGGUUGGGAGAGGAGGGCUCAUAAACUAAAUCAGGCAGCAAAAAUGGGCUACUGACAAACACUGUUCACCUACAAAAGUGAAAAGAUUUAGGCACACCUAGUCAAAUUACAAAACGCACACAGUGUUUUGUUGUAAAUCCAGCUCUGGAAAAAAGAGACUACUUUAAAAUUAUGUUUUCCUUGAUUUUACCAAAUUGAAAACCUCUGGAAUAUAAUGAAGAGGAAGAUGGAUGAUCACAAGCCAUCAAACCAAACUGAACUGUUUGAAUUUUUGCACCAGGAGUGGCAUAAAGUUAUCCAAAAGUAGUGUGUAAGACUGAUGGAGGAGAGCAUGCCAAGAUACACAAAAACUGUGAUUAAAACCAAGGUUAUUCAACCAAAUAUUGAUUUCUGAACUCUUAAAACUUUAUGAAUAUUAACUUAUUUUCUGCAAAUAAAUGCUCUAAAUGUCAAUAUAUUUAUUUGGAAUUUGGGGGAAAUGUCUAUAGUCUAUAGAAUAAAACAACAAUGUUAAUUUUACUCAAACAUAUACCUAUCAAUAGCAAAAUCAGAGUAACUGAUUCAGAAACUGAAGUGGUCUUAAUUUUUCCAGAGCUGUGUUCAGCAUCUAAAGAGAACACAUUUUUGCACUUUCUCAAAGCUCAGUACAGUUCCUUGGUGCAUCACAGCAAGCAGCAUUAUUAAAUGAUGAAAAACAAAACAGUAUCAAAAAAAUACAAAACGUGACUUGAAAUAAAACAUAAAAUGCCAUUCCUAUACUUUGGAAUAAAUGUUUUAGUUGGAGUAACAGACUUUCCCUGUACAGCUAAGUGACUUAAUGUCCUGCUCACAAGUUACUCCCUUGUGGAAGAUGAAUGAGGAGAAGCUGAUCAAUGACCAACCUUUAUUAAAUCAUUAAUAAUUAGAACUGUUAUCUUGCCUUAUAUUAACGACUUAAUUACUGAGGCACUUGCACCUCAGUGCUUCAUUUUUCUGGGCUGUGCAGUGCUGCUUACUGUUACUUUGUGAGUGAUGGCCUGAAGUGUGUUCUCUUUAGGCGUUUUUUUUUCAUGGUAAAUUAUAAAGUUUCUAAAGUGUCUAAAUAUCUUCAUUUAUCUUCACUGUCAUGAAAAAAAAUCUUACAUGUCUAUUUUCAGUCAUUUUUCUCUUUUUGACAUUCUGACAGUUGUCCUAUACGUUGUGUUAAACUUUCAUGUUAAAUGGACCAAUAGAAUUUUCCAUAAUGACUUGAAAUAUAAAAAUUGGCCACUGAAUGAAGAUAGGUGUACCUGAUAAACUGUCAACUCAGUGUAGAUCAUUCUUUAUCUCUCUCUCUCUCUAUCCCCUCUCACUCUCACUUACACUCCAGGGCCCUGCAAUAUUACAAAAAUAUAAACAGCAACAUGUAUUUAUUUUUUUACGAGUUAACCAGAUAAGGGAUACACAUACAUAAAGAGAAUGUUUACACACAUCAGUUUUAAAGUGUUCUCACUCUCAUAGAGAACUGCUGCUGCUACAGAAUUAUUCAUAAACACGCCCUUCUCUACGGUG